GCUCGUCGUUAGCAGACGGUGUCACAGCAGCCAAAAUGUUGAGCAUCUUGUCUCUGCUGCUUCUCUUCUUCUCUGUGGGUCCGGUCUGUUGUGUUUUUCAGAAACUUUACUGCAGCAUCUCAGAAAGCUGCGACUGUGACUUCAAGCCGAAUAUAAGAGAUCUGGAGUGGGACCUUUACAAAAAUGUCUACGGACAACAUCUGGCACAGGAUAUCGUGUCGGAGGAAGUGGCGAAGUUCCUUCAGAAUAAAAGCCCGGACCGGCCCCUGGUGCUGUCCUUCCACGGCUCGUCGGGGACGGGGAAGUCGCUGGUCAGCUCCAUGCUGGGAAACCAUCUGUACGGCUCAGCCAUGAGCAGUCCCUACGUCCACCAGUUCAUCCCAACGCUGCACUUCCCUCUGGCCAACCGGGUGGACGAGUACAGGGAGGAGCUGAAGAUCUGGGUGAAGGAGAACCUGACGGACUGCGCCCGCUCCGUCUUCAUCUUUGAUGAGAUGGAGAAGAUGCCGCCGGGCGUCAUCGACGUGCUCGAACCUUUCCUCGGACCCUCACACGUCGUGUUCAGAACCAACUACAGGAAAGCUAUAUACGUCUUCAUCAGCACGGUGGGGGAGGAGGUGAUUAAUAAAGUUGCUCUGGAGCAGCGUCAGGCUGGACGGGACCGAGAGGAGAUCGAGUCAGCUGACCUGGAAGACGCCAUCGCACACACACUUUACAACAGCAACACAAGCGGAUUCUUUCACUCCAGCAUCAUCCAGCAGCAGCUCAUCACUCGCUUCGUUCCCUUCCUGCCGCUGAGCCGACGCCACGUGGAGCGCUGCGUCCUCGCCCAGCUCUGCCAGCGAGGCUCCUGUAGCCGUGACGACGUGGUGCAGGCAGUAGGGGGCGACGUCAUCUACACGCCCGUCCAGGGGGAGUACUUCUCCUCCACGGGAUGCAAGGCCGUCUCCGCCAAAAUAAACUUCUUCCUGUGA